GCGCAUUGCUUUAUGGGAAUAUCAAUAUGGCGGACCUAUCGUUGAAUUUGACAAGUUCGCUGUAAACACUUCCAAACAUUCAUGAAAAUUCUUUCUCCUAGUUGAAAAACUCUUUAGAUAUGUAAGAGAUCAAGGUUCCCUGUUAAUUCUAUUCAAUUGGCAACUAUACGAGUGAGAAAUCUACAAAAAAGGUUAUGUUUUCGCGUGCGCCUCUAAACAGUCGCUCAGCAACGAGUGUACGAAGAAGCCCAAGUGAUAGUGGACAACGGGACCGUCCGAAAUCAGACACGGCCCGGACGAGAAGGAAGACGAGCGCGAAAAGAGCACAAGCCAAAGGGGACAAGAAAGCGGACAUCCAGACCAGGGAAACAGAAGUUUCGCCUGAACAAAUUCUUGAACAGUGCCAAGAAGAAGAUGUAAAUCGUGUGUUUGAGAUCAAUCUGCAUGCUCAGAAGCUGACAAGAGUUCCUGAUAUACACAAAUUUACCAAACUGAGAAUACUGGAUUUGUCUUGCAAUCACAUCUCUGCUGUUUCUGGCUUGGAUGAGUCAACUGAUCUUAGAGAGCUGAAACUAUACUCCAACAAAAUAGAAGAGAUAUCUGGCCUUGACAGGUUAAAAGAACUGAAUUAUCUCCUUCUUCACCACAACAGAAUAAAGAAAAUUGGUAAAGGUCUAGCACCCGUCCGAAAAGUGAAGGUGCUGCGCCUGGAUAGCAAUCUAUUGACGACACUAGAACACCAGGAAAUAGGGUGUUGCAGCCAGAUAACAAUUCUGGAUAUCAGCAACAACAAGUUGUCAAAUAUCUCGGCUGUCAAUUCUCUUUCUGCUCUUGAGGAACUUGAUCUAUCAACAAACAGAAUCUCCAAGGUCCCUGACAUCAGCCGAUGCAAACAUUUACAGGAGUUAGAUCUUUCAAGAAAUCAAAUCAGUGAUAUCUCUGGACUGAGGGACCUCUCUGGUCUUAAUAUCCUUCGACUGGAGAGCAAUCAGCUUACGACUUUAUCCUCCUUGGGAAAGCACAAGAAUUUGCAAGAACUGUAUCUAGGCCAUAAUAGAAUUUCCACAGUUGAGACUUUCAGUCAGCAGUUCCCAUCGUUGGAGAUUUUAAACAUCUGUCACAACCAAAUCAAGUCCUUUGAAAUAUUGUUCCCUCUAUCUAAUUCGAGUGUUGCAGAACUGUAUAUAGCAGGAAAUCCUUGUCUGUCUUCCGAAAGUGUUGGAUAUCAUCAAGAACUACACAAAGUGAUACCUUCUCUAGAAAUCGUGGAUGGGGUGUCACUGAAAAGACCUAGUUCAUCUCGGGGCAAGCCACUCAUGAGGCCAUUAUCCGCUUCCCAAGUCCUUAGUUCACGACAGGUGGAGGAACAGCUUAAGGCAGCAAUGCUGGAAGAGUCAACUGCCAUGGAAUCUCUGAAAUCCAGGUUCAGCAUAAUGAGGGAUUUGUUUAAUUCUCUACCAACUGAACACCCUAAACACCACUGGAUCACUACUGAUAAAGACUCUGAAAAUGAUGAGACUCCCCUUGAUAGACCUGGUAGCAACGAGAGGCCAGUUAGUAGAUGCAGUAGCCGAUCAAGAAUUGCUGAUGCCAGAGCUUUUGCUGCACAACAUUUCACAAAGAAUUAGCUAGUGUGUUGCGUUUUUUUAACAAUACAUAAAUCUCAUAUUAAAAAGAGAAGAUACUUUAUGUAAAUACAAAAGACAAAUAUUUAUGAAUAAAAAUUAUAGCUUGCCA